GAGACUGUCGUUAGAAACGCUGGAAGGAAGGGAGCGCCAUGCGGGGACGGCGACAAGGGAGCUUUUUUUUAAAAAAAAAGGUUGUGCAACAUAAUCCAUCGCGAUAGUGCAUUUGGUACAAGCUCCGAGACAAAGGAACACCAAACUUGAGCGGUUGUGGAGCUCAGAGCUGAAAUAAGAGGCUUUAGGGGACUCGUGGUCAGCUCAACGUCACCGCCGUUUUCUUUUACGCGCAAAGCGACCAGAGAAAAACUUUAGGAGGUAUUCCUGCGCUGUAUCUUUUUUUUAAUUGCUUUCUUUUGUAUCUUGAUAGACGGUGAAGUAUUUCGAUCGCUGUAGGAUGUUAAGCCUUUAACAGUUUAUUACCAAAUAUAGCCACUGUUAAUGCUGGAGUGUCCUUGACGGAGCUGAGCGGUCCUAAAUUGGAUAUUUGCGGCGCUGCCAAAGUUUAUAAUUAAAUUCUCAGAUUAUAUUGAGUCCUUACGGUGUUUAUUUUUUUCACUAACACAUUUUGUCUUAUUCGUAAAUUGGACCGAUUUGAAUCAGCCUAUUUGUUAUUGAAGCUGCGCGGCUCUGAACAUAAUUUUAUUGUGAGCUGCAGCACUUAAAAACGCUCCGUCGCCGAUGACUGCUCCCAACAGAAGCCAUUUUUCUUUGAUUUACACUCACUGAACGCGAGCUGCUCAUAGUCCCAUUUGGGCGGCAGCUUUUAACCUGUGCACAUACAUUUGUUUCGCGUUUUUUUCUCUAGUGAUCGCCAAUUCCGAACGAUGACUUUCUGUGCGUCUGGCUCUGGGCGCGGCGGAUGCGCCAUGGUUCGGUUUUUCCUCUCCAGCUUUUUGUUGGCGUUGGCGCUGGGUUGGGCAGGAGCCGAAGCUGAGCAGGCCAAGCCGACCGGAGAGAGCACAUCGGCGGUCACUCUCCGCACCCUGAUCACCGGAACCUGCGCGGAGAUCCAGCGGUACGCGGAGUCAGUGGUGGGAAGCGGUGUGAUCCGGUCAGCUGCUGAGUUUUUUGAGAUGGUGAUCCGAUUCCUCGCUGAAGGAGCUGCCAGCGGACUGAACGUCAUCGCUGUUUACGUCACAGAGAUCCUCAGGGUCACAGGAUUCGAUGUUGCACAUGCAUUGCCCCGCUUCACUCCAGAGGGAGUGACCGCCAUCGCCCAGUGGGGUCUGGUGGCCCUCAUUGGCUACUGGGUGCUGACCAUCGUUCUCCGUCUAUUGAUCAGUGUGGUGAGGCGGGUGUUCUGGGUGGUGAAAACCGUCUUGGCACUCUGGCUUUUCGGACUGAUUGUGACUGAUAAGCAUGCCAGUGCGGACGUCACAGCGGUUCGACUGGGCGGCCUGGUGCUGGGAUGCGUCCUGUUGACUCUGCUCACUUCUCACUCUGAGAAUGCAUGUUCGGUGGAUUCCCGGCUGAGCUCCCUGGAGGGCCGGGUGAAGGCAGUAGAGAAGAGGAAAGGGGAGUAGUGACCGGAGAUGGGUGGAGGAGGAGUUAAAGAUGGACAACGCUGAUGGUUUCUGUGUGUGUGUGUGUGUGUGUGUCAUACUGUUAUUAAAAAUAAAGUAAUCUCUGGGAUUUUUAAUCAGAAAUGCUCUUUGUUUGCCUUGAGAAAAUGCCAAAAUAAUGAAACCACAUAGAAUAUUUUCUCUUUGACAAACAGUAAUCACUGACACAUAACAACAAUGAAAGGCUGCAAUAGUAAGACCAGUGUGCAGGGGAUUUGUAAAGUCAGAUCAUAAAUUGCCCUCUUACUGUAUUGUAUUUUCCCCAAUUGCAUACAAAUAAAAAUCAAUGCAUUUUGUAA